AUGCCGACGACCUACGCCCUGGAAGGAGGAGGCGGCGAUAUUGCUGUCUUCAAGACGACACUGUAUCGCAAGUGUGACCCCGCGCCUCCCAAAUUCGUCUCCGCGACGAAAGUCAUCGACCUGCACGUGCCGACGUUCAAAACAGAUAUUGUUCGAGUCCUCGCACAUGCUGGCCCAAACGUCACCUACCGCCUUCACAAACAAUGCAACCUUUGGAGUACAGCAACGUGGAAGCCCGAGUGUCUUGUCUUGUUCGCUGAGGACCUCGCUCCUGGGGACUCUGUGGCCUACUACACCCAGUACGGCUUGCGCACAGUCCAAGGUUGCGAUAAGUUGGUCGUCCAUGUCCGGCACGGUGGCAGGGAGUCUCUGGGACUCAACCCUUCGACACAACUCAAACUCAAGCGCCUAACAGUUGUCGUUCACCCAAGACAUCGUCCCUCGAACACUUCAGGCACUCCUCUAUUCGAUCCCGGCCUGAUCAUCGAUCUUGGCGUGCUGGGCUGCACCUCUCGCGCGCCUACCACCUUUGUGAUGUUGGACGAAAGUGGGGACAAGGGAGUGGCCACCAAUCAAGCAGUGGCGGGAUGGACGUCUGACAGAAUCAAACAGCGCCUGGGCUACCUGUUCGUGACCAGAGAGGUGCGAGCCCCCGUGUUUAUGAGCGAGGCAGAGUAUCGAGCUCAGGUUGGAGAUGAGCAGUUUGAAAUCGAGAUAAACGACGGGCACCUCUCUCGACCUCUCUGUCCGUAA